AUGAAGUACACCACCGCUCUGACGUUUGUACUUGCCUGCAGCCCUGCAGCCAUCUUGGCUGCUCCAGUGGUGCAGGAUUCUUCAUCGGCGUUGACCAGACGUCAAGAGGGCGCGGCUCCAGCUGCUGGUCCCGGACCUGGUAGUGCUACUGGAGGCUCUGCUUCUCAGGGUCUGAGCGGACAGUCGAGUGGCAGUGAUGGCGUUCUCGGCCACGUUGAGACGCUGGUCAAGGAGGUGCUUGGCAGCCUCCGCAAGCGUGGCCUUGUUGAGGAAGUAGGUCAAGCUACUGAGAUGGUUGUUGGUAGCACCGACAAGCUGGUCAAUGGCCAGAAUUCAGGAAGCCAAAGCUCCUACAACACCGAAUCAUCCGACCCGGAUGCGCUUCCGAAGGGAGCUCCUGAGGACAAGGAUGGACAACAAGCACCUCAGCAAUCCCCAGCUCCUGCGCCAGCUCCUGCUCCUGCUCCUGCUCCUGCUCCUGCUCCUGCUCCUGCUCCAGCACCGGCAGCAGCUCCAGCAGCACAGCCUGAAUCCGGCAGUGGCAGCAAAGGCAAAGGCUCAGGAUCCAUGCUCUCCAGUCUCUUAGGCGGCCGCUCUGACACCGACGACAAAUCACCCAUCAACACCUCCGGCGCAGCCACUCCCGUCACUGGUGGCGAUGCUCUCCCAGCCUCGAACCCCGUCGAGAACAACAGCGCCGCAAAGGAAUCCUCUCCUGCCACUGCUUCUGCUCCUGAGGGCAAUGGCUCCAAGUCCGGAGUGCUCCAUCUCUCUCCCGAGGAGCUCGAGGCUCUGGCCGCAUUGCUUGCAGCCCAGAACCAGCAGGGUCAACUAGGCGGAGAUGAAAAGUCCAAGAAACCUAAGAUCCCUGGUACUGACUAG